AUGGACGGUGUCAUCGUCGAUCGCAGCACAGACGAGCAGGCUCUUUCGGGCAUCUAUCGCUAUCUGGACUCUUUGCCCGAAUCGACGCUCUCGAGAUUGUACGCCUUGCCGUCAUCAAGCUUGGCAGUCUUCCGCCUGCUGCCGAGCACUGCUCAGCACCUCAUCGUCAACGCACUCUGGCAGGAGCAUGACAUACCCCAGCAGGAUCUGCAUACUUAUACAAAGCGUGGCGAGGGCCGCAGGCAGCUAGACACUGCCAUAGCCGCACUACAGCGGCUACACAUCGUCCAGCUCAUCGCGGGCGAGCCCACCGGUAAUACCGUGUUUGCGUUGUCGCACAUCUUUCGAAAGAGUCUGCGCAAGGCUCUGACCGGCGCCGGCAAGGAUAGCUCGUUCGGCUGGUUUGCACGCUCGAGCCGCGACGAGAACGCGCUGUCUAUACCCCAACUCGACGAGUAUGCGACAGAUCAAUGGGAUAGCUUGCUGCACUGUCUCGUCGGCUCAGAGAGAUCACAGCAGCCCAGCAAGGCUGUCAUAGAUCUCCUUGUUGCUGCAGGCCUACUAUCGAGCGGUGACCGGGACACAAGAAGGAUCACCUCGCUCGGCUUUCAAUUUCUUCUCGAGGAUGUCAAUAGUCAGCUAUGGAGCCUCUUGCUUCACUAUCUCAAGCUGUCCGAGGAUGCGGGGACCGAUCUCAAGGAGGUGAUUGCGCUCGUGUUCCAGAUUGGUAAUCAGGAGCUUGGAAGGGUAUAUUCGAGCGAGACACUCAACCCGCUGCAGCUGCACAUCUUGAAGACUUUCGGCGGACUCGGCCUUGUUUACGUCUAUAAGUCCGGUGACUAUAGCCCAACGCGGCUUGCGGUCACCCUCACCUCCGGUGCGCCGCCUCUUCUCAAGGCCGGCACAGCAGAAGAAGAGCAAGGCUUUCUCAUACUCGAGACGAAUUAUCGAGUGUACGCUUACACGCAGAAUCCACUGCAGAUUGCUGUCUUGAAUCUUUUCGUCGCGCUAAAGUCUCGCUUUCCCGGACUUGUCGUCGGCAUGAUCACUCGCGAAAGCAUAAAAGCAGGCUUGGCCAACGGCAUCAAGUCUGAUCAGAUUAUCGCAUUCCUGACCGCUCAUGCACACCCACAGAUGCGCAAACAGGAGCCGCUGCUACCGCCAACUGUGGUUGAUCAGAUCAAACUUUGGGAACGGGAGAAGAACCGAGUCAAAACCGAGCCUUGCUUCCUCUACGAUGACUUUCGCUCGCAGGCCGACUACGAUCUCGUCUGCGACUACGCGAAACAAAUCGGUGCUGUCCUCUGGCUCGGCGAACCGGGCAGCAGACGCUUUGCUACGACAGAGGACGGUCAUGUGCAGGUGAGGGGAUUCAUCCAGCGUCGAAUGGCUGUCACUUCUUAG